UCUUGUUGUUUUUAAUAGUCGCUGCGGUCUUAUUUUCGUUGCUUUUUUUCUCCCGUUUUUAAUUGUAGAUUUUUUGGUACUCUCAUCGUCUUUAACCAGUUCUUUGUUCUCCUUUUAUUAAUUUCUGAUCAUUGUUUUUUCUCAAUCGCCCUCAAUCUCGUUGUUUUUACUCGUCAAUUUGGUUUCAUUCAUUGUUAUUUUUAUUAUUCACUUAUUUACUCGCCUUUUCGGCAGUCUUUAUUAGUCGUUUCAUUCCCAUUCUCGUUGUUUUUACUCGUCGUUUUACUUCAAUCUGGUUGCUUUUACUCGACAUUUCGCCCUCAUUCUCGUUGUUUUUACUCGUCAAUUUGCUUUCAUACUCGUUAUUUUUAUUAUUAGCUUCACUCUGAUGCCUGCCUUUUUCACCUGUCGUUUCUCUAUAAUUUCCUUCGUUUUUACACGUUGUUUUGAUCUUUGAUUGCUCGUUCGUUUCUAUUUUUUUUUUGUUCCUUUUGUAUAUUUUUGUGUCAUUGACGCCUCAAAAUUCAUAGUAUAAUUUGUCAGCGCCUAAUAAGACGCAAGCAAGCGAGCAAAUUUUUGAAAAUUUUCCAAAAUUAAAACGAUCUGGCAGCGCAGCCGAUGAUGGCCUCACUGAGCAUCCUUAUGCGACAUCCUGGCCGCUUCCUCGUCGCCACCUGCUCCCGCUGCGUCCGAAUGCUGAGCAGCGACCUGGUGGCCGCCCUGCGUCCCAUCUAUCUGGCCAUUAGGCCGAAUCCUCAACUGGCCGAUCGGACGCCGCCGGAGGAGAUGCGUGUGAACGAGAAGUCGUUGCGUCAGCUGAGUUCCCAUUUGGAAUCCCUGAGUGGACAGUCUGUCGAUAGUUCCCUGCCAGCCGAUGGAAUGCUAAAGUUCUACAUGUACUCCGUGCCGGACGAAGAGGGGUCAACGUUAGGUGGUGGUCACCUGGUUCGUGUGCAGGUGGACCGGAGUCUAAUGGAUCCCAAGGCCGUGAUCAGGGGCAUACUCCGGUCGUGCAAGCUGCUGCCCAAGGAUCAGGAACAGGAGAGGCAGGAGAAGCAGGAGCAGGAGAGACAGCUGGAGAAUGAGGAGCAAGAGUGGGAGCAAGAGCUAGCCAGAAAGCCGGUUAUGAAGGAUAAAAAGGCCGUGAAGGAGCUGGAGAAGGUCCUGCGGUGGCAGGAGCACAUGAAGCCAGAAAGGGAACGUGUGCGACCUCCUCAACGGAAGGUUAGCCAAACGAAUAACCUGGAUAACACCUUGACGGAGCUUCUAAAGGAUCCACCCAAAAAGGAGGACCACUCUUUGGAUACCUGGAUGCGUCAGGCCCUGGCCCGGGCCCAGGCCGCCGAGGCCACAGCCAUUCGGGCCAAAAUCGAUGCCCUGGAACGCUCCCUGAUCCAAAACCUUGGCAUCCGCGGCACACGCUAUGACUGCGGCUGCAAUAUGGAGCGAUAUCAUGAUUGUCUUCAGAUUCUGAAUGAUCUGGUUACAAAGGACUCAGCGGUGGCAUCGCAGCUACGUAUCCUGGGCAAUCGAUUUGUGGUCUUUGCCCCCUACACGGGCAUCAGUCUGGAGGGCGAUGUGAUGCUCUUCUCGGGCGAUGCCCCCUCCAGUUGGUUGGGAUUUCUCUUGAAGCAGAUGCGUCUGCAUGAGGAGCAACUGCGUCUGGUGCCGCUGUACGAGAAAGCCCUGUCCGCCGUCCUUUUGGGCAUCCAAAUAGAGCGUCGGCGAGCUGCUGAGCCGGGCUGUGAGGCUCGAGCCUAUGCCGAGAGUCUGAGGCGUGUGAUCCGUGCGGUUAGCGAGCAUCUGAAGCUGGAGGAGAGUGUGCGAGAGUUGCCACCGACGCUGCAGGAUCACCAGCUGGUGGUGAUGCCCGAUGACAGCGAUGCACCGAAAGUUAGCCAGACGGGCUUGUUCCUGGCACCCGCCUCCUGUCCGGGCUCCGAUCUUGUGGCGUUCAUCUGCCGGAAUUUGGAUGUGGCCAGCGGUAGGGUCAGUCGCUAUCGCCAGGAUAUCGAGGUGGAGCGUAAAUUGUGGCAACAGUGCCAGGAUGAGCUCGGCCUGCAGCGACUCAGCAAGGAUGAUUCGGUGACGCCGGACAAGAUGGUCCUGGCCCUGCAGCAUCUCCUUAAGAGUGGCGUCAAGUCCUGUCGUGGCCUCAGUCUCCAUAUCACCAACUAUUGGUCAGUGCCCACCGAUGGCAUUGUGUGCAUCCCCUGGAACUUUAUGUCGCAGGAGCAAAAGUAGGUAGUAGUGUGGGGGGAGCAGUCCUUUUACCUAAAACAAAAAAAAUUCUAAAUAAAUUCAUGCGUUUUUUUCGGUCUUAAA